CGUGCGUCUGCAUGAAGAGGAUGUGUGUGAGUUUCACUUCAGGUCAGCAAAGUGCCAGCGCCUGUUGACCGUCCAGCUUGCUAAAUCGGGAAACGCCUCGUAUUUGGAAACUUCCUCUUUCUCUCGGCCUCAGCCGACAUGAAGUUAAGUGACAUCUCCAGUGGAAAGGCGUCGUGUGGAUAGAGUAAAUGUGCCAUGAUGGACGGCCUCUGUGAAGCCGCGUCUUUUAUACAGAUGUGAAACUCCUGGCUGGCGUCACACCGCCGCAGGACUUCGCAUGCGAUCAUGGCUCCCACGACGCCACUGCCUCUUUUUCUCCUUUGGCUCCUCUGCUUCUGUCGCGCCGACGACGGCCGCGGAGAUUGUUCAGCCGGGUGUCCGACGGUGAAGAACACAGUUAGCAAGCACUGUGAACAUGUCCUCUCCGACUGCCUCCAAGGUGACGUUUCCUGGACCAGGUGUUACACGCGACAUAUUGUACGAUGCACACCAGCCCAUCGAGGGAAGCCCGGCUUCAUUUUUGGUCAGGUUGACCCAUCCAAUGAGGCGGAGGUGCAUCCUACUACUGAACACGGCAUUCGCAUGCCGUCCUCAGCCCUGCAGAGAGCCAGGGGACCUGAUUUUAGCCGCGAGGUGUUGGUGGUGGCCACCGUGCUGGACAGCGCACAUUUCAAGCCUCGAAGGAGAAAACAAGGGAGAAGAGUCCAACAAGACCCUGCAGGCAAAGUGUUGGGGGGGACCGUUCUGGUCGUGCAUGCGGGAAGAUACCCGCUCCACAACCUCCCAGAACCCAUCACGUUGACCUUCAAACACAACAAAACGGUGGGCAACGGGACGUGUGUGUUUUGGGAGGAGUCGAGCCAGGAAGAAGGAACAGGGGACUGGAGCACACACGGCUGUGACACCAGCGACACAGGAAGUCACUUUGUUUGUCGCUGCAACCACCUGAGCUUCUUUGCCGUCCUCGUGAACCCCGACGUCUCACUGAGUAAAGAGGAUGCCUUCAACUUGAGUUUGAUCACUUACGUAGGCUCAGCACUCUCAGUCGUCUUCACGGUCAUCAGCUUGAUCAUCUACAUCUGCCUACACAAGCAGCAGCCCGAAAGAGCCGUCGGCCUGCACAUGCACCUGACGGCGGCGCUGCUGUGCCUGCACUUGAGCUUCCUGCUCUGCAGCUUCUGGGCCUGGAGGCUGAAGGACGACGAGGCGGACUGGUUCUGCCGGGCGCUGGGUCUCCUUCUGCACUGGUCUCUGCUGGCCACUGUCAGCUGGUCGGCUCUGGAGGGCUUCCACCUCUACCUCCUGCUGGUGCGAGUCUUCAACAUCUACAUCAGGAGAUACCUGCUCAAACUGAGUGUGGUGGGCUGGGGCCUGCCCACGCUCGUCACUCUGCUCUGUGGCGUCUCGGGCGUCUACGGGAAGUACAAGCUGGAAUUCCGUGACGCCAACAAUCCCACUUCAACACUGCAGCUAUGCUGGAUCAGCAGCCAGUUCCCCCACAGACAAGUGGUCACCUACGUCACCACGGUGGCCUUCCCCAGCCUGGUCGUGCUUUUCAAUUCCUGCAUGCUGGGCCUGGUGGUGUUCAAGCUGUGGCGACUACGGGGCGGCGGCGGCGGCUGGGAGAAAUCCAGCAAGGGUCGGGCCAGCCGCUUGUGCAAGGACUGCGUGACCGUGCUGGGCCUCAGCUGCGUGCUGGGUCUACCCAUGGGCUUGUCCAGCGCCACCUACGUCUCCGUGCCCGGCAUCUACACCUUCACGACGCUCAACUCGCUGCAGGGCGUGCUGGUGUUUUUGUGGUCCUUGGCUUUGACCUGCAAGUCUCGAACUGACGCCACCGCGUCAUCACGAGACACUUCCUCUCAGCGAAUCAUCACCACCAGUUUUAACAGCUGAGACCCCCCCACACAUGUUAUAUUGCCUAUAUUAGGUGAGAGAGAGCAGUAAAGAUUGAAGUCAUGUCAGGUCAUCACCCUUGCCGGCCACUGGAGGGGGCACUUCACCUUGUGAGAGUUGCCGGGUGCUUAGGCAUGAUUCCAUAAACACUUCCCGACCCUCAUUUCUUAUCUGCACCGUGUGGGGAGUCAGUACACCUCUAUACUUUAUACAUGUACCCCCUUCAAAGCAUUGCACACUUGCCCCAGGGGGACCCACCCCACUAUUUCAGCAGCACUGCCCUCUAAUCAUUUCUAAAUAUGUGAUAAUAAAGCUGAAAAUGUUUUUUUUACUGCAUACAUGGUGGCGCCCUGUGUGUCCCUACAGCUAAAAAUCCAGCCUCAAAACUUGCAGCGAGGUGACCACAAGUCAAGACAUGAUUGCAAACGGUUCUUUUAUGCCUUUGAUGUGUGCCUUUCUCAGUAAAUAAUGCACGCGUGAAGUUAGCCGCCGCAUAGCACAAUAGUGAGCUGUGAGGAUUCCAUUUACAAAGAUGAGGGGCUUCAUUAGCGCUUUCGCGGCCUUCCAAAGCACCUCUGCAGCACACACGCGCUCCCUGCGAGUGUGACGCACACGCACGGCGCACACCGCACACCGCACACGCUCCAGGCUGACUUUUAAGAGCCGACUGAGCGUGACUCCCGCUGACAAGCGAGUCCAU